UUAUUAUUAUUACAUUAUGUUUUAUUAUCACCAAAAAUCAAUUAAAGAUCAAAAUGUAGAAUUAACUUUGAGUUUGUUGUUGUUGAUUGUUUGUUUUGAUGAUUGCAAAAAUGUGGCAUUGACCAAUUUUUUGACAUCAUGGUUAUAUGCAGGCAAGUUGAAUAAUGAUAAUUUUCCAAUUGUGCCCGGAUUAAUAUGGGAUUUAUCUGAUUAUAACCUUUAAUUUUGAAUUCAGUAAACUUUAGCAUAACUUUCAACAAUGUCGACAGAAUUACCAUUGGUUUAUUAUAACGACGAUAAGAAAUCAUUUGCUUAUCCUACUAUUCAUAGUAGAUGGCCUAAAAUCAUUCAAGGUGCCAUUAAUGAUGUUCAAACUGUGAUUAAUGAAAAUUCUAACCUUGAAUCAUCAGGAAAUGUGAUUGUUAGUCAAUUGAAGGCAUUAUUAAAAUCUUUCAAAGAUGAUGAAUUGGUUCGUCCAUUCACUGAAGAAGAAAUCACCAACUCUAAAGAAGACUUGAAAUCUUACAAUCAAUUAUUAAUCAAACAUGAUGCUAUCAAAGUUAAACAUUUCAAUCAACAUAUAACUUGGCAAAAUGGUCCUUGGUUAUUACUUGAAUGUUACUUGUAUCAGUAUUUGAAUAACAUCAUCAUUGGCCAAGGAUCCAUUGAGAAGUAUUGGACUUCAUUUGAUAUUUUCAAAGCUUUGAAGGAUAGCACGUUCCAACAAUCUGAAUUUGGUGUAUUGGAACUCUUAAAUAAGUAUUAUAAACUUUCUACUGAAUUGAAUGCUUCAACUAAGGAAAUUGGAUCAGAAGAGAAGUUUUUAUUAUUUAAAGAUUUCAUUGAUGUAUCGUUAUGGGGUAAUGCUACUGAUUUAUCAUUAUUAGCUGGGAAUAUUACUUUAGAGGAUAUUAAAUCUUUACAAGGUGAUGAAAUUAGAAAACAAAAUGAAAAGAAUAUCCUUGUCAAUGAUAUUUCAUCCGCUUGGGAACAUUUGAAAAUCAAUAAACAUAAAAGAAUCGAUAUUGUUUUGGAUAAUUCUGGUUUUGAAUUAUAUUCUGAUUUAAUCUUGGCUCUUUUCUUAUUAGAUUUUAAGAUUGUUUCAACUAUCGUCUUACAUUGUAAGACUAUUCCAUGGUUUGUAAGUGAUACUAGAGUCGUUGAUGUUCAUACUAUCUUCAGUCAGUUGAAAGAUGAAUCAUUUUUCCCUCAAAUUCAUCAAGAACAUCCUGAACAAAUUAAAUAUUUAAAUCAAAGGUUAGCCGAUGUAGUUAAAGAUGGACAACUUAAAUUCGAUGAUCAUGAAUAUUGGACUCUUGGUGAUAGUUAUUGGGAUUUAUCAAGCAAUCCAAUUGCCAAGUCAUUAUACGAAGAACUUUUACAUAAUUCAAGUUUAAUCAUCUUUAAAGGAGAUUUAAAUUAUAGAAAAUUAACUGGUGAUUUACAAUGGGAUAAGACUACUCCUUUCAAAGUUGCAUUACAACAAUUAGCUUCAGAAUCAAAGUUACCCGUCUUAUCAUUAAGAACUUGUAAAGCUGAUGUGGUGGUUGGUUUACCUCAAGGUAUAAAUGAAUCAUUGAUUAAGUUAUAUAAAGAACAAGGUAAUGAAAUUGGUGAAUUCUGGUCUUCAAGUGGUAAAUGGGCUGUGAUCUCCUUCUCUGAUGGUAAGUAAGGUUAUGAUGAUCCACCAUUCUUUCUCAACUAAUGCUACGGCCAACUACUACUUUUAUAGAUUGAUUUAAAUAUAUUGGUGGUACCAGUACUAC